ACCCUUUUCUUUUUCUCAAUUUCAUUUUGUGCAUUACUACUGCUUAUAUCUUAUUUAUCUACAUGUUUUUCUAAGUUGCUGCAUCGCUUUUUUUUUUGUUAUUUAUGUGUUUCUUUAGCACUUCUAUCCUCUGUUUGGAAGGGGGGAAAGAGUAGGAAAACGUAGAGAAAGUUUCUUUUAACUCUGUUGGUCCAUUCUUUCUUUUGAUAGAACUCUUUUGGUCAUUCUUUGUUCGUCUUGACUAGUGAAUUCUGGUUUUGAAAUUAACAAAAGCUUUUGGUCAAAUUUGGCUGUUCAUCUUAAACAGUUUCAGUAGAUUUUAAUAUACUUGUUACCUGUGUAUGUAAUUUCAAGUUAUGUUUAUGUAACUUAUGGAUUGAAUUUUUGUUCUGUUUAUAAAUUUGGAAAGAAAUUUUGGUUUAGAGAUAAAAGAUCAAAGACUUGGUUCAUUGUAAGAAUUCUUUGUGCUUACUAUUAAACUGCAUGAGAAAAUUUUCAAUGAAUUGGGUUUGUGCUAAUUGGUUAUGAGUUUUACAGAGGCAAAACUGAAGCUAAACAAGGAGAAAAGAUGGAUGAGAAUGGAAGAGUACAUCCGGAUUGCGUUAAUGCUGGGAAUUCCUUUCAUGAAUGUGGUGUUUAUUGCUUAGAAAAGAUUGCUGAAGGCAAGGGACGAAAAGAAAAGGAUAAAAAGAAAUUCGGUUCCAAAAUUCUUGAUGUUUCCAGAAGCUUUGGGAGGAAAAAGAAGGGAUCUGAGUCUCAGUCGAAGUCCCUUCGAGCACUUGAGAAUACCCCUGCCAUAGGUGCAGUUUACCAGGGUGAUCCUAGGUCACCUCGGUCUCAUUUUUCCAGGAAGGAGAUGGAAGCAGAGAAUGGUGGGUCUUCUGCUUCUUCCGAGCAACACACUGAGGCCAUUCAUUCCCGAGAUCAAUCUUUUGACAAGCCACAAAUUCAAUACUCUCAAUCAUUGCCUAUGUCUGGGAAAAUCACGUCUCCUGGUGAUACACCAACCAAAUUCGAAGAAGCAAAGAAGAUUCAAAACUCCCCCAGGGCAAGUUCAGAUGCAAAUACUGAGGAUGGGAGAGAAGAUCCCAUUAGCUCCAAUUUUAGUUUCUUAGGGAUUGUCCAAGCUCUAGAAGGGAGUGAUGAUGAAGACGAGGUCGAAUCUGUUAUAUCUGAUUCCUGUGUAUCUGUUGGAAAACACCAUGUGAAAGCCAGUAUCUCCUCGAUUCUACAGUCAAUCAUUGACAAGUAUGGAGAUAUAGCGGCUAACUGUCAGUUGGAAUCAGCUUCCAUGCGUGCUUAUUAUUUAGAGUGCUUGUGUGCUGUAGUUCAAGAGUUGCAUUCCACUUCAUUUAAGCAAUUGACCAAAGCAAAACUAAAAGAAAUGUUUGCUGUUCUUAAGGAUGUAGAAUCGGUACAUAUAGAUGUUAGUUGGCUGCGUACUCUACUCAAUGAAAUCUCGGAAGCCAUUGAGCUUGUUAAUCAACGCCAAGCUUUGGAAGCAAAAAAGACCGAGUACGAUCGUUCUAUAGAAUCAGUAAAGAAAGAACUGGAAUCUCAAAUCGAAGAUCUAGCUCAGAAAGAGAAAGAAGCUGCUGAUGCCCGGGAACAAGUUGCCGGAACCAAGGCUCGUUUGGAUGACAUCGAGCAUGAAUGUUCUCAAUUGGACAAAACGAUUUCAUCCAUAGCGUCCAUCAUGGAAAAAUUCCAGGGCAAAUCUCUGGCAGAUGAGCUCCUGUAAUGGCGUUUGCAAAGCAAGAACAUUACUAUUACGAAAUCUGGGUUGUUAUUUUCUUUUUUGUUUGAUACUUGAUAGUGCCAUGAAAGUAGUUUGUGUAGAGGAAUUGAUACUUAGGCUUUGUUACUUGUUUUAAAGUAUGUAAUCUGAUAUUAGGCUUUUCUGGAAUAA